AUGGGUCCUGCUCUCCUGCUGCUGGUCACCACAGCUGGCAUCUGGCGCGGCUCAGCAUCCCCGGUGAUCAGUCCUGACGCCCCUGCUCUGGUUGUCAGCGCGGGUGAUCCGGUCACCUUGCGCUGCUCAGGGAAGUCCAAAGUUGAAUGGCAAACCAAAAAGGAUGUAUUCAGCAACCACACCAGCAGCACGCUCAGUAUUCCCAAGACCACUUACAGGGAUACAGGCACCUACGUGUGUGUUUAUGCCAACAGCAGCAACAAGGGCAUUGCAACUGUGCAUCUGUUCGUGCGAGAUCCCAAUAAUGUGUGGUACACACCGACUUUCCGGGUCGGUGUGACCAGGGGUGGUAAUGCUGAGCUGCCCUGUCUCAUCACGGCCCCCGAGUAUGGAUCCAGUGUGACUCUGGUAGCGGAUGGUGGCUCCCAUCUCCCACCCGGGACCAACUAUUCUUUCAGCACCGAGAAAGGAAUGACACUGUACAACGUGCAAAGCAAGCAGAAGGGCUUUUACAGAUGCCAAGCAGUGAUAAAUGGAAAAGUUGAGAAGUCAUCAAGAAUUAGACUGCUUGUGGAAGAAGCUCUGGAGAAGCCUGUAUCGGUGAUGAUGGACCCUAUAGACCACGUGCGAAUCGUGGGUGAACCUUUCAGAGUCACUUGCAGAAUAACUGCUCCUUCCCACAAGUAUGACGUCAGAUGGGUGACAGCAGCAAAGAACGUCUCGACAGUUCAGAAUCGUAGCUUUGAGAAUGAGAACUACUUCAUCAGUGAUGUCCUGUCCGUUUCAGCGGUGACCAUGGAAGACAGUGGGAAGUACACGUGCAUAGCUAACAAUUCAGCAGGGGUCAGGAAUACAGGUAGUAGGUCUCUGGACAUGCCUGCUGAUGGCAACGCUCUCUUCCAUCCUGCAGAGAGAGGUUACGUGUUCCUCACCCCACUGCAAGCCACCAGCCAGGAGGUUGCUUUGGGAGAGAGUCUGAUGCUGCAGGUCCAGAUUGCGGCUUACCCAAAACUUCUCUACUGGCGCUGGGAGCACACAAACCCCUUGAAGAACACUGAGAGCACCACAUUCCAAGGCCAGAUGAUCCCUGGAAACAACUGGUAUAACAACACGCUCUUCCUGAACCGCCUGCAGGAAGGAGAGGGAGGUCUCUACACAUUUUAUGCCAUCAAUAAUGAGACCAAUGCAUCAGUUACCUUCAGUAUAUCUGUGAAAUCUCCUCCAAGGUUCUGCAAAAUCAGAGUGGCAGCCAAUGACUCCAGCAUCCUUCAGUGCAUGGCCAUCAGCUACCCUGCCCCACGCAUCGAGUGGUACCAGUGCCCCAUUCACUCUGACAGAUACAGUGAGGACUAUAGGCUGCUACUGAACGACUCCAGUCCCCAGGUGGUGAAUGUGUUGCCUUUCCGAGAGGUGGAAGUGGAGAGCAUCAUCCCCUUCCAGGAGCUGGGUGCCAACUUCACCUUCUGCUGUAUGGCCAUUAACAGAGAGGGGAACGCUUCUGACAUGUUUCACUCACUCACCGUCACCAGAAGCGUCAUGGCCCCCCCAAAUAAGCUCUUCAGCCCCAUUCUCUCCACCUGCAUUGGCACAUCAGUCCUGCUGCUCCUCCUACUGCUCUUCCUCCUCUACAAGUACCACCAGAAACCCAAGUACCAGGUGCGGUGGAAGAUCAUUGAAGCCUGCGAAGGGAAUAACUACAUCUUUAUCGAUCCCACUCAGCUGCCGUACAAUGAGAAAUGGGAGUUUCCCAGGAAUAACCUCCAGUUUGGAAAAACUCUUGGAGCAGGAGCCUUUGGAAAAGUGGUAGAAGCCACUGCUUUUGGGCUGGGCAAAGAAGAUUCCGUCCUCAAAGUGGCUGUGAAGAUGCUAAAGUCAUCAGCAGACACAGACGAGCAGGAGGCUCUCAUGUCUGAGCUGAAGAUCAUGAGUCACUUGGGACACCACGAGAAUAUUGUCAACCUGCUGGGAGCAUGUACCUAUGGAGGCCCAAUCCUCGUCAUCACUGAGUACUGUCGCUAUGGAGAUCUGCUGAAUUUCCUGCGGAAGAAGGCUGAAUCCAUCAUUAUCAGGGAUUCUGCACUGGACAUCUCUUUAGAUAGUGCUGCUGAUUACAAAAACAUUGACCUAGAGAAGAAAUACAUCCGCAGUGACAGUGGCUUUUCGAGCCAGGGUUUGGAAAUGUAUGUUGAAAUGAAGCCUGUGUCAUCAUCAGCAUCUUCAGCAUCAUCAGAUUCUGCGCAAGCCAGGGGGAAAAGCCCAGAGGAAGAAGAUGAAACCAGGGAGGACCUCCGUCCCCUCAACCUCUCUGACCUCCUGCAGUUCUCCAGCCAGGUGGCCCAGGGCAUGGCAUUCCUUGCAUCAAAGAAUUGCAUCCACCGUGACUUAGCAGCCAGGAAUGUGCUCAUAUCAGAUGGACGGGUAGCCAAGAUCUGUGACUUCGGCCUGGCCCGCGAUAUCAUGAAUGACUCGAAUUAUGUUGUAAAAGGCAACGCCCGCCUGCCCGUGAAGUGGAUGGCCCCAGAGAGCAUCUUUGACUGCAUUUACACAGUGCAGAGCGACGUGUGGUCUUAUGGCAUCCUUCUCUGGGAGAUCUUCUCCCUUGGUAAAAGUCCAUAUCCUGGCAUGGUGGUGAACAGCAAGUUCUACAGCAUGGUGAAGCAGGGAUACCAGAUGGCCAGACCCGACUUCGCUCCCUUGGAAAUGUACACCAUCAUGCAGGCGUGCUGGAGCCUGGAGCCCACAGAGAGACCAACCUUCGACCAGAUCGGCUGCUUCAUCCAGAAAGAACUGGAGGUGCAUAAGGAGCAGGACUACACCAACCUCCCCUCCACUGCUGAGGAAGACAGUGGCUGUGAUACCUCUGGCUGCUGUGAGGAGUCCUGCGAGCAAGAGGACAGUGGGCAGCCCCUUCUCAAAGGCAACAACUAUCAGUUCUGUUAGCUGGUACCAUUGCCCUGGGUGGAUCCCAUCCUCCUGGCUCUGCAGAGUGCACGGUGCUGCCCUGCCCUAGAACACAGAUGCCUUCAGCUUUGGCUCUCCUCUCUGUGCUUUCUGGAGUAUGAGUGUUACUGACUCCCUCACUGAAACGACAGUGCUGGAGUGACUCCAACCCAAACCCUCACCGUGGG